ACAGCAACAACCAUGCUCCCGACAAGAGGCAUUGCCCUCAGGGGCUACAAGAGCUCUCGGCCGCAAGCUCUAGCCAGCCAGAUCUGUCAAUUAUCCGCACCUCCCGCGCCCAUUCAUCAAUCCGUACGAUCCUAUGCAUCCAGUCCGUUGACCCGGAAUGCGCGCCCAGGCCAAUUGCGACCCCAGAGAAGCCCGAAAAGCUUCUUGACUUCGGCUACAUACGCUUCUACCCCUAGGAGGCUUGAAUCUACCAAAUCCGGCCACCUCACGCCAGCGGACUUCGAAGAAGCUGUGGACCAGAUCGCCCACGAAUGUGCCGAACUCAGCGAAACGGACUCUGUGCCCCCCAACGACAAGGUCGUGCAACUGCUACAAAAAUGCCAACGAAUUGCCGAAGUUAUGGUCCACCCGGAGCAGGACACCGGCAAGAGCCAACAACCAGACGAGAUCUCAUCCCUCCUAGACCUAGAGGAAGGGAAGAACGCUGCUACCCGGAAACAAAAGCAGCAAACCACCACCACACUGCCCCGAAAGACCCCCGAACAGAUCAUUGAUCAGCUCUGCAAAUCCGUCCAUGACCUCUUGACAGACGAGAAAGUAUUCAUCUCCCCCGAAGCCCUGACCUGUUACACCAAGAUCCACGCUAUGCUCAAACGUCCCGACCACUUCCCGGAAAUCUUCCAUCUAUACGCCAACAAACCAGUCCCCGAGGAGAACAGCUCCCCUGUCCGAUACCAUAAGGCCAAACCCAAGAGCAUCAACAGCGCCGUGCCCGUCGAGCUUGCGGACAUGGCUCUCGAUGUCGCUAUCGCCCAGCGCAACCUCUCCCUAGUGUUGGCCAUCAUUGACACCACCUAUAGCACCCCGGCGUUCCGUCGUGCCAAGGUCUUCAAGAGGGCAGCUGUUCCGUUGGGUGGAAUUGCUGCUGCGCCUGCAGCUUGCUAUACCCUUGCUUCGUGGGCCUCGACGCUGCAGAACACAAUGGACCCUAGCACAGCGACGGGGAUCGCUUUCGCAGCGGGCCUGGCAUACAUGGGUGGAGUCACGUCAGUUGGAAUCCUGGCCAUCACGACGGCGAAUGACCAGAUGGAGCGGGUGACUUGGCAACCGGGUGUGCCACUGCGACACCGUUGGGCCCGUGAAGAGGAGCGGGCUGCCUUCGACAAGGUUGCGCUUGCAUGGGGGUUCAAGGAUAUCUACAUGCGAGGUGAAGAGGAAGGCGAGGAGUGGGAGAGUCUCCGAGAAUUCAUCGGCAUGAGGGGAAUGAUUCUGGACCGGACGGAGUUGAUGCCUGGAAUGCAAUGA